GGGCGAAGGGCGUGCCGAUAGUGAGCUGAGUGGUUUGCUUGACCGACAUCAGAAGUCAUUUUGGCAGAUCACUCAUCGGCCGCAACACAGUAGAGGUGAGCUCCUCCAAAACGAGAGAGAAGAUCUGAUGCGACGCGAUGCGAUGCGGCGCUGUGUGUGUGGGCGUCAUGUGCCCGUGUGUGUGUGCAGGAGGGCCAUGAGUGACCGUGUUGUCGGGCUGCUGGACGGCUAUGCCGUUUAUGAGGACGGCCACGGCGGCUAUGAGGCGGACGUUAGAGGGCAGCGAGUGGCCAUCAAGCUCUCGUUCCAUUCGCACAUCAAGUUCUGCUUCGAACACCACGACGUGAGCGGCCGAGCCUCACACAGGUGUGUUGCACUCUGACUGACUUGCUGCCCUUUUGUGUGUCAGGCCAUCUGCCCGUUCCAAGCGCCGCCGUCAAGACGACCACAACGGGCCACCAGCAGCAGCAGCCGCCGCUGCAGCAGUGGGCGAGGGAGCGGCGGUCAGCAAUGGCAACAUUCCUGAGGGCUUCGUGCGGCUCCCCAGCGGUCGCUACCACAAGGUCGUGCAGGAGGGCACCGGCAGAGUGCCCACCGCCGACCAGCGCGUCAAAUUCGACGAGAUUGGGUUUACUGAUGCAUUCGACGGCCAGAACAAAGUCUCCGAUUACCGUGAGUGGGUGAUUCGUGUGUUUGAUGGGAUUGAGUGGUUCCGUGAGGCGGUGCUGUCGAUGAGAGAGGGGGAGGUCAGGGAGAUCAUCACGCCAAUCGGAUCUGCGCCCACCUACCGUCAGCUGCGGUUGAUCAGCAUAGAAUAGGAGAGAGUGCACACACACACAAAUGAG